AUGCACAUCGCUGAGGCGGUUAUUGACAAAGUGCACGGGGAUAGCCUAGCUAGGGUAUUGGAAUUCGCUGUUGUCCACGAAGUUGACGAUUCAGGAAGUACGGCUGUCGUACGCGGCAAGGUGUACGAGCUGCUCUGCCACAAGUGGUUUAGCGUGCACAUGCAGAGAACGCUACACUUCCGCUCGUUGUGCUCAGCGACUCUAGAUGAUGUGACCAUUCCGAAAGAGAUGGAAAUGGUACGCUUCGCUGCUCUCGACAAACUAAAACUAGCUGAGAGCUGGACGUACUACCGGCCAACAUCAAAAAGCUUUGGAGCGCUGGAUGCAUUCAUCUGGGAUGGACAAAGCAAAUGUUACGGGUUGCAGAUGACCCUGAACGCGGACCAUGGAAUCAAAGCUGCGCCAUUGAACAAAUUUCUUAAAUGGUUAAAGGAAGCUGGCGACACGUACCAGUUCUACUUUACAUUCGUGGCUCCAAGUAAAAUUGCUACUUCGUAUCGGAAGCAAUCAACGACGACGGCGACUGGUGCUGUCAGCAAAACUCCUGGAGCUUCUGCGAAGGUGGAUCAGUUUGUAGCAGCGCUGGACGUGGAUGGUGGGGACAAAUGA